AUGGAGGAGCAGGAGGAUGAGAAGCCCAAGGUUCCUCAGCCCAACAAGGAAGAGUUUGAUGCGAAGUCCGAGAAGAUCAACGAGGAAAUCCAGAAGUUGCAGGACAAGCAGAAGAAGCUGACCGAGAAGAUUCAGGAGCGAUCCGGUGGCAAGGAGGAGUUCUAUGCCAAGAAGGCCGAACUCAGAGCCCAGCUGGAUGUCAUCACUGACAAGAUCAACGGCCUGAUGGAGAAGAAGGACGAGAUCAACAAGGCCGUGGGCAACAAGCGCGAAGAGGGCCGUGAGAUGCGCUCGCAGCUGAACAGCAUGAAGAAAACCGUUGGCUUCACCAGCCAGCAGGAGAUCAACAACCGCAUCGCCACCAUCGAGUUCCAGCUGUGCACGGAAUCCGUGCCGCUCAAGGAGGAGAAGAAGCUGCUGGCCGAGAUCCAGACGUUGAAGAAGAACCGCUCCAAGGUCGACACCAUGAACACGAUGGAGCAAAACCUGGCGAACUUCGACCCUGGCAUGUCCAUGAAGGAGCAGAAGGAGGCCAUCAAUGCUGACAUCUCUCAAUUCCGUGACGAGAAGAAGAAAAUCCAGGACCAGAUGACGGAGUUGUCUGAAGCUCGCAAAGCCCAGCUGGGACCCAUUGAGGAAAUCCAGAACGAGCGGAACGCCAUCGGUGACAAGCUCAGAGCAAAGAUCGAGGAGCGCAACGCGCUGCGCGAUGAGUACCGCCAACAGGAGCGCGAGUACUGGGCCUACCAGCAGGAGCUUCGCAAAGCCCGCCAG